AAUCCAAACGGUCACAACCACCGCCGGCGCAAUUAAUGGAGUCAACCGCCUCCAACUCACCCCCGCCGCCGCCGCCGCCGCCUCCCACUUCGCCCACCAUCACCCCGCAGGUGGCCGACAGGAUAAUCCGUGCCAUCCACCACCGUCUCCUCCUCCUCCACCGGGGUGGCUCGGAGUUCUUCGUCCUCGGCGUCACUGGAAACGUCUACACGGUGAGUCUCUCCGCCGCCCCCUCAUGCACCUGCCCCGACCCCACCACCCCAUGCAAGCACAUCCUCUUCGUCCUGAUCCGCGUCCUGGGCGUCUCCCUCGACGAUGCGUGUCUCCGGCGACGGACUCUCCGGCCGUGCCAGCUGAACCGCCUGCUUGCCACCCCUUCGUCGCCGGAAACACUGGCCGAUGCCUACGUUCGAGAGAGGUUUCACCAGCUCUUCUCCCAGGCGCGGCGAGGGAGCAAUUUACGGCCGCCGGUUGAGAUAGAAGAAGGGAGUGCUUGCCCGGUUUGUCUGGAUGAGUUUGGAAGCGGAGAGGCGGUGGUGGCGUGUGGGACUUGCCGGAACCCUAUUCACGAGCCCUGCUUGCAGACGUGGAAACGGAGUAGCCGGCGGAGAUCGGCGACUUGUGUGAUAUGUAGAGCGAGGUGGAGGAACUGGUCUGACCGAGACUCUUACCUGAACCUGUCGGCUUAUGUUGGGGAAGAUGAAAUGGGCCGUGGGAGCGGUAUGUGCGCAAACUAGCUAGCUAUGUCGCCGAUCGGGGCCAGAAUCAUGCACCUUUGUGGGAUAAUUCAUUUGUAAAUGCAUGCAUAAUAAACAUAGUUUUUAGAGUUACAGUUAGCAUUGCUUUGUUCAUUCGUAAAUAUAUCAAUAUCUGCCUCCAAUAGGAGGCCCGACCACGGUUUGGGUUGAAUCGGAA